AUGGGACUGACAGCAAGUAAGGGUCGAGACAAUGACGACCUCAUUGAUAAACUCAUUCAGCAGCGUUUGAUAAAAACCGAGAACGUGGAGAAGGCGAUGAGAUUGGUUGAUCGAGGUCGUUUUUUCUUACCGGGUGAUAUUGAGAUGGCUUAUAAGGAUAUUGCGUGGAGGACUGAGUUGGAAGGUCCAGUAAAACUACAUUUAUCAGCACCGUGUAUUUAUGCUAAUGCUUUGGAGUACUUGGAGCUGAAAGAAGGGAAUUCUUUUUUAAAUAUUGGUUCUGGAACCGGGUUUUUUAACACUAUUGUUGGUUAUCUCAUUGGCAGUACGGGUAUUAAUCACGGAAUUGAAAUUCAUGAGAGCCUCUGUGAUUACGCUCGUAAGAAAGUGGAGGACACAGUAAAACGUGCUGAAACUCAGUGUUUUGACUGGGCUCCACCAGAAUUUUCUUGUGGUAAUGGUUUAGCUCUAAGCCCUUCCCACUAUGGACAGUAUGAUCGUGUUUAUUGCGGUGCGUCUGUACCUGAUGAUAAACAUAUGCGGACCCUUUGGGAACUUUUGAAAGUUGGUGGCGUGUUGGUGAUGCCUUAUGACAAUCAGGUUUUACAAGUUGAAAUGAUUCUGUGGUUUAACAAAGCUUCUUUUUCAGCAGAUUUGUCAAUGUGUUUUUCUAUCGAGGAUACAGUAACUGUUCUUUCCUUUAGCUGCAGCAAGUACGCCGUUGUGACGAUGGUAACUUUGAAAAAGAGAUAA